ACCCACUACCGAUAACCAGAAACAGCUGAUAAAACCGGCAGAUUUGCGAAAUUAAAUCCUUGGAGAAUUGAUUUCAUUAUGUCCGAUUCGGGUGCGGAAAAUGCGGAUAAAGGGGCAGAAAAUGAGCUGCCGGAGAAAGUGGAGCCCGUCAAGCUGCUGGAAACCAGCGCCGAUCCCGCACCACAGGAGGAAGAGGAUGUGGAGGAGUAUUUAAAGAGCAAAAACAUAAUCCUGCUCGACUACGAAAAACAAAUGUUUCUCGAUUUGGUCGAGGCCGAUGGUCUUCUGGUUUGCGCCAAGGGUCUGAACUACGACCGCGUUGUAAUCAGUAUCCUUAAGGCCUACAGCGAUUCUGGUAAUCUGGUGCUUGUGAUCAACAGUUCCGACUGGGAGGAGCAGUAUUACAAAUCCAAAAUGGAACCGAAAUACGUCCACGAAGUGGCCAACACGGCCAACGAAAGAGAGCGCGUAUAUCUGGAAGGCGGACUGCAGUUCAUCAGCACGCGCAUCCUGGUGGUGGAUCUGUUGAAGCAGCGAAUUCCCAUCGAGCUGAUCAGCGGAAUCAUUGUGAUGCGGGCGCACACCAUAAUCGAAAGUUGCCAGGAGGCAUUCGCCUUGCGAUUGUACCGUCAGAAGAACAAAACAGGAUUCGUGAAGGCUUUCUCCAGCAGCCCGGAGGCCUUCACCAUUGGAUACUCGCAUGUGGAGCGGACCAUGCGCAAUCUGUUCGUAAAGCAAUUGUAUAUCUGGCCCCGAUUCCAUGAGAGCGUGCGUGCCGUCUUGCAGCCAUGGAAGAUACAAUCAAUCGAGAUGCAUGUUCCAAUUAGCCAGAGCAUAACAUCCAUUCAAUCGCACAUUCUAGAGAUAAUGAACUUUCUGGUGCAGGAGAUCAAGCGAAUCAAUCGUACUGUGGACAUGGAGGCCGUCACCGUGGAGAACUGUGUGACCAAAACGUUCCACAAGAUCCUGCAGGCGCAGCUGGAUUGCAUCUGGCAUCAGCUUAAUUCCCAGACAAAGCUAAUAGUAGCGGAUCUUAAGAUCCUGCGCAGUUUAAUGAUCUCCACCAUGUACCACGAUGCUGUGAGCGCCUAUGCCUUUAUGAAACGCUAUCGGAGCACGGAGUACGCCCUGAGCAACUCGGGAUGGACUUUACUAGACGCCGCCGAACAGAUCUUCAAGUUAUCCAGGCAGCGUGUCGUCAACGGGCAGCAGGAGUUCGAACCGGAGCCGUGUCCCAAAUGGCAAACUCUUACGGAUCUGCUCACCAAGGAAAUACCCGGUGAUAUGCAACGGAGCAGGCGAUCGGAGCAACCGAAAGUUCUGAUCCUAUGCCAGGACGCACGUACAUGUCAUCAGUUGAAACAGUAUCUCACGCAAGGCGGCCCACGUUUUCUGCUCCAGCAGGCAUUGCAUCAUGAAGUGCCGGUGGGCAAACUCAGUGACAACUACGCCAAAGAGAGCCAAACUAGGGGAGCAACUCCAAAGGAUGUUUCCUCCAACAAGGAUACCCGUAAGGAAGAGGUUUCUGGUUCUCAGCCACCUCCAGCUGGUAUGGAUGAACUGGCCCAGCUAUUAAGCGAAUCGGAAACGGAGGGCCAGCACUUCGAGGAGAGUUACAUGCUUACCAUGACGCAGCCCGUGGAAAUCGAGCCUGCAAUAGACAUUAAACCCGAUCCGGAUGUGUCCAUUUUUGAGACCAUACCGGAACUAGAACAAUUUGAUGUCACUGCGGCACUGGCCAGUGUGCCCCAUCAGCCCUACAUUUGCUUGCAGACCUUCAAAACGGAGAGGGAGGGUUCCAUGGCACUGGAGCGCAUGCUAGAGCAACUGCAGCCGCACUAUGUGGUCAUGUACAACAUGAACGUGACGGUCAUUCGGCAAUUGGAGGUCUUCGAAGCCAGGCGUCGUCUGCCGCCUGCAGAACGCAUGAAAGUGUAUUUCCUGAUCCAUGCACGCACAGUGGAGGAGCAAGCCUAUCUGACCAGCUUGCGUCGCGAAAAGGCAGCCUUCGAGUUAAUCAUCGACACUAAAAGUAAAAUGGUGAUUCCAAAGUAUCAGGAUGGAAAGACAGAUGAAGCGUUUUUGUUAUUUAAGAAUUACGACGAUGAAUUGACGGACGAGAAUGCCAAGAGUCGUCAAGCAGGUGGGCAAGCUCCUGAGGCGCCCAAGGAGACGCCAAAAGUGAUUGUGGAUAUGCGCGAGUUCCGCUCAGAUCUGCCCUGUUUGAUUCACAAGCGUGGUCUUGAAGUAUUGCCCUUGACCAUUACGAUUGGCGAUUAUAUACUCACACCAGAAAUUUGUGUGGAGCGAAAGUCCAUUUCCGAUUUGAUUGGGUCUCUGAACUCGGGAAGAUUGUACAACCAAUGCGUGCAGAUGCAGCGACAUUAUGCCAAGCCCAUCCUUCUGAUCGAGUUCGAUCAGAAUAAGCCCUUUCAUCUUCAGGGCAAAUUCAUGUUAUCCCAGCAGACCAGCAUGGCCAACGCAGAUAUUGUACAGAAACUACAGCUCCUCACGUUGCAUUUUCCCAAGCUGCGACUCAUUUGGUCGCCUAGUCCGUAUGCCACUGCCCAGCUCUUUGAGGAGCUGAAGCUGGGAAAACCGGAACCAGAUCCCCAAACGGCGGCGGCCUUGGGCAGCGACGAGCCAACGGCGGGCGAGCAACUGCGCUUCAACAGCGGCAUCUACGAUUUUCUCCUAAGGCUGCCCGGCGUUCACACGCGGAAUAUACACGGAUUGCUCCGGAAGGGCGGCAGCCUGCGGCAAUUGUUGCUGCGCAGCCAAAAGGAGCUGGAGGAGCUGCUGCAGUCGCAGGAGAGCGCCAAGCUGCUCUACGAUAUCCUGCAUGUGGCCCAUCUGCCGGAGAAGGACGAGGUGGUCGGCUCGACGGCGCUGCUGGCAGCUAGCAAGCAAUUUGGCGCCGGAUCGCACAAUCGCUUCAGAAUGGCGGCAGCCGCAUCGAGAAGGGGUCGCCGAUGAGGAUCCAGGGGAUGGACAGACUUUAAAAGUACAAACAUAUAAUUUUCCAGAGCCGGGCUGCGGAAUAUAACCAUGAGGAGGAGGAGGAAUGGCAGGAGGAGCAGGACAACCAGAACUCGCGGCUCUGAAGAGCCGAGCACACAAACAGCGCAAAAUUAUGGAAAUUUUUUAAACGUUGCAAUUAAGUCGACUUGGGAAUGGGCUGCGGCAUGUGGAUGUGGAUGCGGAUGCAGAUGGGGGUGAGUGACUGUCUGGUCGUCAGACAACGUUGACAAUUGAAAACUGCGCUGACCGCUGGGGAUGCACACUGCGUCUGCAGUCAGUGCCAGUGCCAGUGCCAUCGGGGAUGAGCGCUUAAAAAUCAAUUUUCAAUAAAUUUUUAAUUGCCCCCGCACUGGUCUGUUUGCACACCUCCCCUCCCGCAGGACUUCCCUUCGACAGAACACCUGCAGCAUUAACAGCAGACAGAGCAUGUGCUACAAGCAGCUAUAAACGGAAUUUUGUAUCCACCUGCAGAUAGCAGCGAACCAUUGAAGUCUAUAAAAGAAAUUCUCUUAAUGUCCAUAAAUAUUAA